UUCCCACCUGUUGAUGACAGAUGAUCUCAUCAAAGUUUUUAAUCAUCAAAUUCAAUACUUAGAAAAAUUAAUUUUAUUGAGUGCGCACUCAUCGGAAUUCUAUGUGUAGACACAUUCAUCAUGUCUAGUGAGAAAUUACAAGUACAACAAAGUUCUAACAAUAUAGUUGAUCCUCCAGAAGAAUCACCAUAUACAUGUCCUGUGUGUUUAUCUUGGUUAAAAGAUCCUAUGUUAACAUCCUGCGGGCAUCGAUUUUGUAAAAAUUGUAUUGAAUCGUGGCUUGAACGUGAAUCUUCCUGCUGUCCGAUUGAUAAUAUCCCUCUACGUUCCGAUAAGGAUAUUUUUCCGGAUAAUUUUACAAGGCGAGAAAUUUCUCAACAAAAGACCAAAUGUCCAAACAUCGGUUGCAAUAUUGAAUUAACAAUAGUUGAAAUGGAAUCACAUAUUUGUCCAUUUGACUUAACAGAACCAAAACAAUUGGAUUGUACUUUUUUUACCUUUGGAUGUAAUUUUAAAGGAAAUUCUACUGAGGAAAUUGAUAGACAUAGUUCAGAAAACAUUCAGCAACAUUUAAUGCUAAUGUCACAAGCAUACACGAAUUUAAACAUCCGUAAAAGUAGUUCAGCAAGUAAAACAGAAGAAUCUAAAUUAUGGGAUCCACCACCAAAGGAAAAUGAUACAUCUACCGAUAAAUCACAUGAAUUAAUACGGGCCAUGUAUGAACGACUUAUUAUAUUGGAACAGCGAACUCAUGAACAAGAAAUAACAUGUCGUAAUCUAAGGAAAGAAAUUAAUGAAUUAAAAACAAUAAAUCAAACAAUUAUCAAUGAUACCAGACAACAAUUUUGCGGUGGAAUAUAUAUUUGGUCAAUUAGUGAUUUUAGAUCAAAAUUAGACACAAUGAUCAAGGAUCAUAAUAAAAUGUAUUAUAGUGAAGGAUUUUUUACAUCGCCAUUUGGAUAUCGAUUUUGUGCUCGAUUGAAUUUAUCACCAAAAAAUCCUGAUUUCCUUGGUUUAUUGGUUCAUGUUAUGCAAAGUACACAUAAUAAUUGUUUAGAUUGGCCAUUUAAUGGAAAAAUUUCGUUAACGAUAGUCCAUCCAAUGAACUCAUAUUAUAAUAUAAAAGAAACAAUGAUGACUCGACCAGAUUUGGAAGCAUUUCAACAACCACAUAAAUUAAUGAAUCCACUUGGAUUUGGGUACACUGAAUUUAUAUUAAUUGAUGAAUUAUUUUCCAAAGGUUUUGUACAUAAUAAUUGUUUGACAGUUAAAAUACAAGUACAAACUGUUUAAUACAAAACAGGAUGCAGUAAUUUGAUUCGAUCAUUUCUCAAGCGAAUAAUCUGGGACUAAUUAAGAAUAAGAAAAGAGUAAAUGUUAUUGGAUGAAUACAAUAUACAGUUAAAAAUGUUGAAAAAGCAAUUUAAUGCAAUGACUAACAAAUACAUUAUUUUAUCUCUAUUGCUUAAUUAGUAGAUAUAAAAUGCUUUGUCCUGAAUGACUGAUGGAUCAACGCACAGCUUAAACCACUGAUCGUAGAGACCUGAAACUUGGACGGUGUGUUCUUUUUAUAUGACGUAGGCAUCCGAUAAGAAAUUCUACCCUUAAAUGGUGAAAAACGGGGGCAAAGUUUGUAUGGGACAACGUGAUUCCUUGGUCCAAUCUACUUCAAAUUUUGCAUAAACAUUCUUUAACAGAAUUGAUUGAAGACGUUUUUCGUUGAAACUCACCGCCUAACGGGGUUAAAAAGGGGUAUACAGUUAUUUUGAGGGCUAAUCGAUUUUCGUAAGUGAGAUUUUUGCUCAGCAAGCGGAUUUUAAUUAGGCUUAGCCGCUUAUAUUAGUAAACAUUUUUCAUAAAAUAUCGAACAAAUUAAAGAAAGAAUUGCCAAGCAAUAGGAAAGUGAAAACUCUACUACUAAAGCUAUCUCUGACGAAAUUUUUAAAAAUUAUUUUGAAAAAAGUUUUCUUUUAUCUCUAUAUCAUACAUUAUUGUUACGGGUAAUAAUGAAAAAAUUAUAGGGUUGUGAACAAACAUUUAUAAAAAAAUUUCAGGGGUAAGCAAUCUCUGAUUGCCUUAGUUGUAACAAAUUUCUAAAGAAAAUAUAUUAGUUUAAUGUCUUAUUUUCUUGGAUUUUCAGAAUUUUGUAACUUUUG